AUGUCUGAUCCAGCAACACCUACAACAUCAUAUCCUUACAGUAAAACCAAUGAUAGAAUUCAGGAUGAGAAAUUAAUGGAACCUUUUCAAUAUAUUUUACAAGUUCCUGGUAAAAAUAUACGUGCAAAGUUGUCAAGAGCCUUUAAUUAUUGGCUUCACAUCCCCGAAGAAAAACUGAUCAAAAUCAACGAUAUCAUACAACUUUUACACAACGCAAGUUUAUUAUUGGAUGAUAUUCAGGACAAUUCAAUUCUACGAAGGGGAAUUCCAGUCGCUCAUUCUAUUUAUGGUGUUGCUAGUACAAUUAAUUCCGCUAAUUAUGCAUCCUUUAUUGCGUUUGAACGAGUUAUGGAUUUGGAACACCCAGAGGCUGUGGGUAUAACAUUACAGCAAAUUUUAGAAUUAUACAGGGGACAAGGAAUGGAAAUUUAUUGGAGGGAUAAUUUCACUUGCCCUAGUGAAGAGGAAUAUAAUCAAAUGGUGAUUAGAAAAACUGGUGGUCUUUUUAUGCUGGCAAUAAGAUUAAUGCAAUUAUUCAGUGAAAAUAAGUCUGAUUUUACAAAGCUAGCAGGUACCUUGGGCUUGUAUUUUCAAAUAAGAGAUGAUUAUUUGAAUUUGGUAUCUCAAGAUUAUAUGGAACAUAAAAGUUAUUGUGAAGAUUUAACGGAGGGAAAAUUUAGUUUUCCCAUAAUUCAUGCUAUUAAAAGUCAACCCAAUGAUAAACAAGUAGUUCACAUUCUUCAUCAAAGGACCAAGGAAAUUGAAGUGAAGAAAUACUGUGUAGCAUUGUUGGAAAAGUAUGGUAGCUUUGAAUAUACAAGGAAAAAAUUAAAGGAAUUGGAACUGGAGGCCAAAGAAGAAUUGGUGAAAUUAGGUGGCAACCCAUACAUGGAGGAAUUUUUAAACUCACUUGCACAAGUAUAA